GGCGCGCUCGGCCGCGCGGGGGUGGUGGUGGCGGCGCCGAGCGCAGCCCUUUCGCUCCAUUCGUGCUACGGCGCCCCGAGCGAGCGAGCGACCGAGUCGGCGAGCGCGCGCUGACUUCCGGAGCAGAGUCGCGAGACGGCCUCAUCGACGAGUGCGAUUCGUCGACGAUUGCGCUACUUGCGCUGGCUGUCGUGCAGCUCGAUAGCGAGCAGUCGCGGUGCAGUGCGCGCGGGGCAAUGUGACAGGUGCCGAGUGAGCUAGCCGACCGCCACCGUCUACAAGCCGGAGCGUGUCAGCGCGCCGGAGAGUCGCUGCGCUGCUGCUGCUGCUACUGCUGCUGCUGUCGCCGCCGCCGGAGCUGCUGACUGGCCGCGCGGCCAUGGACGCGGCCCGCAGGACGCACUGAAAGAUGGCGUAGACGAGUGUGGCCGAGCAAGUCUGGUUAGCCGUCUGCCCGGAGGGGCCUGCGUGCGAAGCGCGCCGGAAGCUGCGGAGACAGCCUGUCGGUGAGCGGUGAUGUGGAGGGGAUAGACCAGGAGCGGAGUCGGCGACAGGCGGCUGGAGGCCUGGCCGGGAGCGCGGCAUCGCACUAGUCAUGGCAUCGACGCCGCGGGACGCGUCUCUCGGGCGCCGUCGGCUUGGCCAAGACGCAUCCAACAACGAGCCGCCACGACGAGCAGCCCAAGGCGUCGCGGAGGAGUAUUCGUAAGCGCUUCGCCGAGAGCUGCCACGGGAAGUCGCGGCGGGCGCUGCAACUGGGCGCCUCUUCGAUCUCCAGCCGGCGGCGCCGUCGCUCCUUCGGAAGUUCGCCGGGCACAGACGUCGAGGGCGUCGGUUCGAGGCCGAGCGCCGAGAAGGCGCGACCGGCGCGGCGCGGCCGCGAGCCCCAUGAGCGACCCGGCGCGUGCCGGCGACGGCUCGCGCUGACGGGGUUGCGGCCGUCCACGCGGCCGGGCAGCGCCAUGCACGCGAGGCCAGCGGCGCGCCCACGGCGGCAGCAGCAGCGGCGCCAGCCGAGCGAGCCCAAGGAUGUCUCGGAGCAGCUAGAGCAGCGAGCAGCGUGAGCGCGAGUAGCCAAGGGAAACCUUGGGCGGGGCAAAGCAGCGAGACUGGAGCAGCCGGGCAGCGAGGUCAGCCCCUUGACCUUGGCGCCGGCGGGCCACGCGGGCACCAUUAGCAGGCAGACCGAGAAGCGGGUCACCUUCCUCGAGCAGCCGGUCGUCCAGGCGUGCCAGCAGCAACAGCAGCAGCAGCAGCAGCAGCAGCAGCAGCAGCAAAAGCCGCAGCUGGAGGCCCCGCUAGCCGCGGUCUGCGACGUCUGCUACGCGAGCUUCUGCGCGGUCGAGCCGCACGAGCAGCGGCCACUGUGCGCCCGACACCAGCAGCCGCCGGCGCACUACCGCCAGGCCGCGGAGGACCAGGAGGAGGAGGAGGAGGAGGAGGAGGGCGACGACGAGGAGGCACUGCCGCCGCCGCCGCCCAUUCUCCACGACGAGGACUGCGAGGUCGCCAGGAUGGAGAAGGACGCGCUCGGGGCGCCGCGGCCGGCCGCUUGCUACCGCGCCUACGAGGGCCUCAAGUCCGCCAACAACGGCAACACCUCGUCGCUCAAGCGGCCGCCCGCGCACUCGAUCGCGGCCGCCGGCAUGGCGGGCAUGGAGCACGGCGGAAGCGGUGGCACCGGUCCCGGUCAGCCCGACGGCCACCUCAAGUCCGACGGCAAAGGCUCGUCGCAGGCACGCUGUCUCUGCUUCGGCGGCGUGCCCGACAAGUCCAGUCGGCAUUCCUUUCUCAAGGGCUUCCUCAUCAACUUGGCCAUCUGCGCGGUCCUCGUCCUUUACACCCUGCUGGGCAGCUUUAUCUUCCUCUACAUCGAGGGCUCGGCCGCCGAGCCGCCGCUGCAGCAGCGUAGCCUGGCCACCACCAUACCCGCCGGCCCGGCCUACUCCAGCGCCAGGCGCAACGCCAGUUGGAUCAACCAGAUCAACGAGGCGCGUGUGCGCACGGUCGAGAGCCUGUGGCUGACCACGGAGAGGCUCAACAUAUUGUACCGCGAUAACUGGACGAGGCUGGCCACCGAGGAGAUCAUCCGUUUCCAGGAACAGGUGGUGCGCACCCUCACCGAUAACCUCGGCGCGGCGGCGCACAGCUCCGUCACGCACAGCCUCAACGACGACGUCACCGGUCGCAAGAUCGUCAAUUACGAGUGGAACUUUGCGAGGGCCUUCCUCUACUCGCUCACCGUGCUCACCACCAUAGGUUACGGGAGCAUAGCGCCGCGCUCGGCGCUGGGCAAGCUGGUGACGAUGGGCUACGCCUUCGUGGGCAUCCCGCUGACGCUGGUCUACCUGUCGAGCGCGGGCGGGCUGCUGUCGAGGUGCGCCCGCGGCGUGUUCACGCGGGCGCUCUGCUGCUGCCUCUGCUCCAAUUGCGGCUACUGCUGCUACGACGAGCGCCGGAUGCAGGUGAGCGAGAAGGAGCGCCGGAUGCGCAAGCGGCGCCAGCAGGAGGAGCUGGCCCAGCAGCAGCAGCAGCAGCAGCAGCAGAUGCAGCUGCAGGAGCCGUUCUACGUGCGGGCCAACGCCUCCGCCUACCCGGGCGCGCUCGAGGCCAAGUGCAGCCCCAAGGACGAGGUGUCGAGUCUGGGCUCGGGCGACCGGACGAGCGUCACCAUCUUGGCGCCGAUCAGCAUCUGCUUGGGCGCGAUGCUCUGCUACAUCGUGGCCGGCGCCUUCGCGCUGCACAAGCUCGAGGGCUGGGACUUGACAGACGCGAGCUACUUCUGCUUCAUGAGCCUGAGCACCAUCGGCUUUGGCGACAUCGUGCCGGGCUCCUACCCGGGCCUCGGCGCCCACGAGGCGCGCGACGCCACCGUCUGGUUCUGCUCGUGCUACAUCAUGUCGGGCAUGGCGCUCACCGCCAUGUGCUUCAACAUCCUGCACGACGAGAUCGUGCACCGGCUGGCCCACCAGGCGGACGGCCAGCGCGCGGCCCAGCAGGCGGCCGAGCUCGGCCUCGGCCGCGGCCCGCAGCAGCGCCACCACCACCAACACGGCCAGCUGCUCAAGCCGAGCGCGAGCCUCGACGAGCUGGCGGCGCCCGCCUGCCGCGAGCCCUUCGCCGUGGCCUCGUGACGCUU